AUGGAACGGCGAAUCGUUUUCGCUGUGGCAUUGACGGCAGUCGAUGACGUUCCAGCCUUGACAGUUCCGGUGGGCGGCACUGCUGUUGAGCUAAAGAAAACUGGUGCAACAGUGUGUCUCAUCGCACGUCCUGGAUUGCUUAAAGUGGUUAUCCAAAUUUCGGACCUUGCACUGCUGACACAACGAGGAUUUAAAAGUGUGGGACUAUUUGUAAUCGACACGUCAAUUUUACCACCAAUGACCACCAUGAUUAUCGCUCAAAUGUUGAACAAUCUAGAGCUGGGAAGUAUUCACGACGAGAGUGGAAAAUCAGCGUAAAAUUGACCCCAAAAAGGUUAUUUAAAAAAUCUUGUACUUGAAAGAAUCGGUGAUUUGCAAAAGAUAUUGAUGGUUUAGCCUGUAGCUAAAAAGUAAAACAUUACCUUCUUAAAAGUCCAUCCCCAAGCUUACCUCUCCCAUCGAAUCUAUUCAUAUUGCACAACUUUCAACCAGCAUCAGCUCUCAACGGCUGCCGUCUUGCGUCAGUCGCAUUGAAUUACUUUCGCCGAUCUUGAAAUGCAUUCAUCGCCUGAAGCUUCUCCGGAGAUGCCUGAGCCUGUCUAGCCUCUUUUGCCAUCGCUCUUGCACAUCUUGAGAGCAAACAUAAUUAAACGGUCUGUCCUUCAUCUCGGUGCCUUUCAGCGUUCCUUUUCAAUCACUGGCAGCAGCAGCAGCAGCAACUUCAUGAACUUGCUUCAACGUCAACGACGACGACGAAGAUGAAUUGAUGGAUAAGUCUUGAAAAGUCCGGCUGAAAAGCUGUUGGUAUCGAGUUUUUGGGAGUGA